UGCAUAUUUUUUGGUAACAGGAUGAACCUUCACAGGGACAACAUGAAACCAAUCAACAGUAAAAAGAAAUCGUCUCGAUAAACUGCGUUAUUAUAUAUUAUAAAACAACAAAAUGUAGCUUUUAGAUACAUCGUUAACUUAAAUAUGACUCUAAUGUAAAGAUCGAUAUGCAUAUAAUGAAAGUAGGAUGGAGUGUUGGCAAGAAGAAGUUAUUUCAACUGCAAAUGUCAACAAAGUCAUGCUUGUCACAGCUAGAGGUUACACAACGUGUGAAGUCUUCGUGGAGUAUAAAAUUAGCUCAAAGGACAGCUUCAUCCAAAGCACAGAGUGUGUUUAAAGAAUCAAACCAUGUUGAAGAAGAAAGAGUAAAACCAGAUAUGACCACUGUCCAUCAAUCUAUCCUUAAUCAGGGAUUAUCAUUACAUCAUAAACAUUCUAGCACACUCCUUCAUCUGAAUGAAAACUUACUCGAUAUCAAUGGUGUACAAUUACAGGAUACUGUUAGAGAUAAUCCAAAAUGGCUGACUCCAGAAAAACUUAAACUUAUACAAAAUGAAUUGAAACGAGACAGAAAAGCAGAGAGCCCUGCAAGUAAUAUAGAAUCCCUUGUAGAUUGGACCUGGCAUGAACAGAAAGUUGAUUAUUCUAAACUCUUACACCAUUAUUUAAUGUUAUCAAAGAUCAGAUUGACAGGAUUGGUUGUAUUAACACAGAUGGCAGGUUUUGCCAUAGCACCAGGUGCAUUUGACCUUUGGACUUUUAUGUUUGCCACUGUGGGUACAUCUCUUACCUCAGCUUCAGCAAAUGCCACUAAUCAGUUUUUGGAAGUCCCAUAUGACUCACAGAUGAACAGAACAAAAAAUAGAGUUAUUGUAAGAGGAUUUUUAACACCAACACAUGCUUUGUCAUUUGCUGCAGUUUGUGGAAGCAUUGGAGUUGUGACAUUAUUUUUUGGAGCUAAUCCUCUGACAGCUGGCCUUGGAGCCUUUAACUGGAUACUGUACACGGUGGUUUACACUCCAAUGAAAAGAAUGAGUAUAACAAACACAUGGUUUGGAUCCAUUGUAGGAGCUAUACCACCAAUGAUGGGAUGGGCUGCUGCCACAGGGGCACUGGAACCAGGAGCAUGGUUACUAGGAGCUAUAUUAUUUGCCUGGCAGUUUCCACAUUUCAAUGCUUUAAGCUGGAAUCUUCGUCCCGAUUAUUCACGAGGUGGUUACCGUAUGAUGUCUGUCAUUAACCCUGACCUCUGUAAGAGGGUGGCGAUGAGAUAUUCCUUUGGAAUGAUUGGACUAUGUCUUUUAGCACCCGUUUUAGAUAUAACAACAUGGACCUUUGCAUUUGAUUCCUUACCCCUCAAUGGGUAUUUCGCUUACCUUGGGUGGCGUUUCUAUCGUGAUGGUGACAGUAACUCCUCAAGGAAACUUUUUAGAUUUAGUUUAAUUCAUAUUCCAGUUCUGUUGAUUCUGAUGAUAAUAAGUAAGAAGCAUAAGGACGAAUCAGAACCAACCAGUGAUAUCAAACAAUUAACCACAAAAGUGACUGAUUAUAUUAAAACUGUUUCUAAAUAUACUAAUAACUUGUAGUAUUAGUAAUGUUCUUGUGAAAUGUUUUUAAAAUGUCGGCCAUAACAGGGAUAGUAAUUACAUGUCAUGGUACUUAUACAUGUUAAAGUUUUACUUUGGAAAGAGUAUAAUACAGGAAAAUGCUUCUUAUAGGUUUAUGCAUUCUCUAUUUCUCAGGACUUGCGUUCCCCAUUUCAAUCAAACAGACAAAUCGCUUUAUGUUGUAGUAAAACAGAUUUUUUAUUUCUAUGAAAAAUUAAACUUUGAGUGUAACACUUAAAACUGGAAAAGUAUGAUAUACAGUAUUAUUAGUUAUGUUCCUUUAUCUAAUUUAUUGUAUUUUAUUUGUAUAAAUCAUGUUAAUCAUGUGUUAAUACCAAAACAAACAAAGCAACACAUAAAAUAUGUAUGUUUCUAUAAUCAUUCAUUCCAAUGACUUACAUGUACAUAUUUGCAGAGAGCAGAGUAACCAAAAACAUGAUUACCUCCCCUGUAUGUCUAAUAACAUGAUUUCCUCCCCUGAAUAAGCCAUUUUAAAAUUUCAUGUUAUUCUAUUUAAUAAAAAGUUAUUGCAAUUGUAGAUCAAUUUGACAGAAAUAUUUGUUUGUUUUAUUUGUAUGCAUUAGAAUAUAUUAACUCUGUUAUAAACUGGAGUAUUUAAGGUUGAAGAGACAUGUACAUUGUAUGUGUUUCUGGAACAUGAUGAACUUGUGCCUUGUUUUCAGUAAAUAUCUGAUUUGUUUAGAAUACUUUGUCUGUGUUCUUUUAUCUUAUGAUUACUGCUUAUUUUUUUAUUUAUCUAAAAAAUCUUUGUAUACAUAUCAUUAUAAAGUUAAAGAAAUUGUUUGCACCUCCAUACAUUAAAAUCAAACUGUGUAGGGACACUAGUCACAGUUGUGAAUUGUUAAAACAACAAAAACAGCUGCUAUCUUCUGAUGACAAAAUUAUAAUUGAUAAUAGAUAAACAUCUGGUUCUUGAAUUUUUUAAUAAGAUUAAGGCCAUUCAAGGGCUGGAAUCAACUUGUGUUAUAAUUUUUUCCAUUAUUCAAAAUUGAAAACGGGAGUGAGAUUGAAAUAAUCAGAUUUUGAUCAAAUUGUAUUUUAUAUUUUAAACUUAAUAAAUACAGGCAUGUAAGAAAUGUAAACAGUGAUAAGAAAUUCCGGUGUGUAUUGAAUUGAUUUUAUGAAAUCAUGGAAUAAACUCUUAACAUCU